UGGGUAAGAAACAGUGUAACCUUAUGUCCGGCACGCGAAAGUAGUGAAACUAGAGUUGGUUUAAGACGCUGUGACAAUGAUGUCGAGAUAGCUCACAUUUGAAGAAAGAAUACUUUUUUUGGGAUAAUACACCAAGAUGCUGAUAAGUGGCUACUGAAGACAUUAGGCAACUGGCCGAUCCCUAUUAAGCCGUCAUUGAUGAGGCAUAAUACAUUUGACUUUUGUCUGUAACAACAUAUUAGGAUUUACGGCAGGUGUAGAUGCCCCAGACGCAGCAGGCCCCAGGAAGAGGCUGCCUCCAUCCAGGCUCAGCGCGGCUCUUCUCUAAUUCCUGGGUCUUUCAGUUGCAUUGCGUUACGCAUUCUAACAGGCAACCACAGAUAAAAGAAAAAAGCACAGGAGUGAGGAGGCCACUGGAGAUUCUCAAGAAGGGAAGCCAUUUUGUUUGGAUCCACAGAGACUACAGCAGUGAAGUUGACCAUUGAACCUUGAUUUCGUCUUGAGUGUAUCCUGUGAUUGGAAAGUCCCCAAAGGGGUGUGGGUCCCUGUCUGUCCAUCUUUGUUCUACACUUGGACCUCCAUUGUCAUGGCGACAGCGGUGCAACCCAGCGAACUGGUGUUCGAGUUUGCCAACAAUGGAAUGGAUGAGAUCAACCAGUUGGUAUCUCUUUGUGCCCAGCUGGACGAUCCGUCCGUGUUCCCAGCUGUCAUCGUCGAGCAAGUGCCGGCCGCUGACCUCAUGCAGGUGUACUCGGGCAUGGAGGACGACGAGGUGACAAACGGCAUCAUGGUGGACACCACGCUCCACGUGGUUGAGGAGCCAAUUAUGAGCAGAGACGUUGGCCUCUCAGAAACGACAGUGUCAGGUGCAGAGGAUAGUAUGGAGACCAAUGAGGCCGCAGCAGCCCUCCUUAACAUGGAGUCCCCCAACAACAUCCUGGAUGAGAAACGCAUGAUUCACACCUACGGGACCAUGCUUGAGUCGGACUACACCUACAUUCCCCUGCGGCCGGAGCCCAACGGCUGCAUGGAUGUAUCGCUGGACGAGGAAACCUCCUCCAUGGACGAGAUCCCUCAGAAGAGUGUGUCCAAACCACAGAGGAAAACAAAAGUGCGCAAGCCGCGGGCCGUGCGUCCUUGCUCACCCAUCACUACUCCCAGCCUGCCACUCAAGAAAAAAAGCAAGGAGGGCAAAGGGAACACCAUCUACCUGUGGGAGUUCCUCCUGGCCCUGCUGCAGGACAAAAACACCUGUCCCAAAUACAUCAAGUGGACCCAGAGGGAGAAGGGCAUCUUCAAGCUGGUCGACUCCAAGGCAGUGUCGAAGCUGUGGGGCAAACACAAGAACAAACCAGACAUGAACUACGAGACCAUGGGCAGGGCUUUACGGUAUUACUACCAACGCGGUAUCCUGGCCAAGGUGGAAGGCCAGCGGCUGGUCUACCAGUUUAAAGAGAUGCCUCCAGACCUGGUGGUGAUCGACGACGAAGACCCGUGCCCCGAACUGAGCCCGAAUUACGGGGGCCAGCGCCCCAACCCCCAAAGCCGGGCAGUGGGGGGUCGUGGAGGCCCCAGAGGGGGUCACGGUAAAAGCCACGGACAACAUCCUAUAUCGGUAAAGCAAGUGAAGAGGGAGCCCAUUGAUAUGGAUGUAGGUGUGUACCACGAGGUGAACGGUAAACAGACGGAACAGAUGAUCCAGACGGUCCACGUUCUGCAGCCCAACCAGGGGGCAGCCGUGCCGGCCUCCACGCACACUCUGAGGGCUAUCAACAUACCUACCUCUGUCAACAUGGUCCUGACGUCGUCGGGCCAGCUGCAGCCCCUGAUGUCCAACGGCGACACCUCCAGCCACUCCUCCCCGCCCAGGGUCAUCCUCCACACUGUCCCCUCCACCACUGCGGGGGGCAAGGACGUGCUCACCAUCCAGACGGCCUCGCUGGCCACCGGGACGGGCGGCCUCCAGGACCACCAAAACCAGCACCACCAUUCCCAGUACCUCGUCAGCAGCCUGUGCUCCACCGCCCCCACCACGGGGGUCAUCAGCUCCACCGCGGCCUCUCCCAACGGCCUCACCCGCCUGGUCACCCUCAACGCGGCCACCGGUCAGCCCGUGGUGGCCCAGCAACCGGGCACGGUCAUCGCUACGGUCCUCAAGUCAUCCAGUGGGGGGGAGUUCUUCCAUGGUCUGCACGGCAUCAAGGAGGAAAUGCUGGACCCCUACUACUUGCAGGCGCUGGUGAACGGGGACCCGUCGUUUGGGAAGGAGGAGAUGGAGGCUGGGGAAGCGGAGCUCACCUACAGGACUGUGAUCAUCGGGACCAACCAAAGCCUUGGCCAGAGCCAGGGGGAGAGUGGCAGCGAGUCCCCGGUGAAUGGACACUUUGCCCAGGGAAGCAGCCCCAGCGAGGGCCUGACCCCUGUGGAGGAGCUGGAGGUGCGCGGGGAGAUGGCCCUGCAGCCGGAACACAUGGUCAAAGGGCUCCAGGAGUUGCCGGAGAUCACCGCACACCUGUCGGCCUCAUUCAUUAAGUCGGAGCCCGCAGAGGCCUAGUAGACCUGUAGCUCCAAAGCUGGAUUAUGGACUCAACAUAAAAAAGACUUCUCAACGAACUAUCUGUUGACUUAUCCCAAGGAAAAUUGGAUUUUGGAAAGUGAUGGAUUUUGAAACGUGGACCGGAAAACAUGUUGGCCCCUGCAGGACGGAAUGUUGGCCCCUGCAGGAGUUUUAUGGGGUUCACCCACAGUUGUUUUCAUCACCUGGCUAAAUUUGAAUGUCAAGGGAUUGCAUAAUACAUUGUUGAAGGCUUCAGUGAUAAGAAUGCAAGCCUGUCCAACGAUCUACCUACCUACCUUUCUACUGUCUGCAAUCCAGCCCCUUCCCAAACUUGACCCCACCAGGAGAACAGCCAUUGGAUAAUCGGGGAUCCUCCCACACCACACGUGCCAGUUAUACUAGUACAUUCUUUACCAAAUUGUAGUGUAUAUCUUAUCAGACUUGUGUCAAUACUAGUGGAGACAAAAGCAGACAACCAAAAAAUUGUGGGAGAAUUCAGUGAAAUCAGAUUUGACUAAUGGAAAAUGUGUAAAUGCUACACAAUAUUCACCCAACUUACAUUCUUAGGACAAAUGAUGGAAAUGUAGCUUGCAGACAUUAACUGCAGAGUGCCUUAUAUGGAAAGGUGGAACAGUUGGAAAAGUAUUUGUGAGGGAAAAAAAAUAAUGGUUCAGUUUGUUUUGACUCCAAGGAAUGUGACUUCCAGAUUUUCCUUCACAUCCCUCCGUUAUUCUCACAAUGUCGAUAAGGUUUGCUUUUCCCUUCAUUAUUCCUGGCCUUAUAGCGAUGUGUUACUAUGGAAAUGGCAUUUCUGUCUCCUUGGACAGUCCAAUCACAAACCUGUUUGUAUAUAGCUGUAGACUUGAUGCAGAGAGAGAGAGAGAGAAAGAGAGAGAGAGUAGAGGAUAAAGGAAAGAUAUUUUACUAGAAUCCUUCCCAAUAAGGCUUUGAAACCUGUUUAUAUGAAAUGGAAUAUAUAUACAACUGAGAUUCAAUUUAAGGCCACAAAUGUAUUUAUUUUGUGAAUUUCUAAAUUCUGUAUAAAAAGGCACAAUUUUAUUAUUAUUUGCAAAACGAGGGAAAUAUACAAAGUAUAUUAAAUGAAAUAACAGGAAGCUCACGUCGGUUAAUUUUUUACUUCUGAAAAGCUGACAUUUCUUUCCAUUUUCAACCAUUACAUCAAAUCAUUGUAGCGUUGAUGAUAUUCUUCUCUGUUGUGGACGCAAAGUUGUUUGCCCAGACGCAAAUUAUCAUUGUUUUGUUGACAUUCUUGUCAUUUUUAAUCAUUGCAUUGUACAACUUUGGUUCUUCCCUUUUACAGUGGACAUACCUUUAGCAUUCAUUAAUUAACAGUCAAGCAGUAGCAAGGAGUUGGUUAGAUUCACCCAAUCCUGUACAGCUAAUUUGGUCUCGUUCAAUUCUGACUUGUUUUAGUAUAGCCAUUUUGUGGCACAAAUUGUGAUUCGAUGCUGCUGUUUUCCCCAGGACUAUUUUCUUUUAACUGUGGUGCUCCACUCCUUGCUUUUGGUCAGACCGGUUUCUGUGCUAUUUUUAUUAGAUGGCCCACUUUAAGAACAUGAGGCCUCAGGAUCUCUGAAUAUCCUCAGUAGCCUGCAGAUUGAAGAUUACGUUCAUCCUUUUGUAAGUAAACCUGUACUGAUCCCGAGCACUAACACGAAUACACCAACCCACCACUCCACAGGUAAAGCUUUAAUGCUACGUUUGAUAUAACUUUUAGAACUUAUUAGAACAGAGCGUCUUUCUUAUGUCAUCCAAACGGCUCUCUGUGUAUGCACUGAUAAUCUGAAUGUUGUACAGUACAAAGUAAUGAGAUGCAAAGUUACGACAAUCCAUGCUCUUUAGGGUUUAGGGUUAGGAGGUCAAUAUCAAAACAUUCUUUGGUGUUGGUGGAUGAAUGACUGCAUUGACUGACCUCUGUGGUUGGGGGUUACUGGAUUCUCUUGCUUCUAGACACAUCUACAGGUCUGGCCAACAUUUUCAUUUUGAAGCACUGUUAUUUGUGAGAUGUUGGAGUAUGUCCGCUCUGUCUCUUAGACUUGAUUGUUAUCAUCUGUGUUGGGUUUUCCGUGGCUUCCUCCUAUGCUGAAACUAGAUUAGAUUUUUUAAGAAAGAAAAUGUAAUAAUAAAAACAAAUUUUGCUUCAA